CUCCCCCUAUUACCUAUGUCCUCUGCCUCUUAUCUCUUUCAUCACCUCCCUUGUUGCCUGGCUCCUUACUCCUAUUCCCUUGUUUCAUUAGAUUCUUUGUGCAUUGCUUUAGCCCUACUCUGCUGCUGCAGCCUAUGUCUCCAAGCCCGAUCAUGUGACCGAGCUGCGGAGCCAGGAGAGGAAGCACCGCAGAGGAAAGGAAACGAGGAGAUGAGCGAGGAGAGAAGGGAGCAGCAGAGAGGAGGCAUCAUCGGCUGCUGCAAGAAGGAAACCAAUUAGGACAGGACUGUGAAAUAGACAUACAAGGAGACACACAAGGGGACAGUGAAGGAGACGACGGGGAGCAACUGCAGGAAAAAAUCAGGCUCAAAUCCAUCAGUUUCUGACGUUACACCAGACCGACGGCAUCUGAGGAUAAACCGGGACUAAACCAGGAGGAAACUGGGACUAAACCAGGAUUAUAGCAGAACUAAAAAAACAAUACUGCAACAGGACUAAAGCCAAGACUAAAUCUCAGUCAGCACUAAGCCAGGACUAAACCAGGUUUAAAUCCAAUGACAGCCUCUUUUAUAGACAGUACAAUGCAGUGGAGUCUCUUCAGUGGAAUCUAUUGGAUUCUGGGAUCUAACCAGGCCUGGACCAGAACCAGAGCCGGUCUGAAUGUGUUCUGAGCCAAUCCAGGCCCAGUUCCAAUUGAAGUGAGGCCUAAGGCUGAAAAUGGGCCACAACCGACAGCAUGCUGCAGUUUACCCAGAGACACUCAGACCCAGAAGUGUACCAGAAUUAACUCAAACCCAGAGCUGAUCUCCACCAAGUCCAUUCUAAAGUCUGAAUCCAGAGGGUUCCAGGUCCCGUUUAAAGUCCUGGAUCUCAAUCAGAAUCAUGCUGAGCCUGAUUACAGUCCGCGCCUAUAGUAUCCACACUGGGCUCCUGGAUCCAUCCUGAUCCGGGACAAUACCAGAUCCUCAGAUCUAGUUUAGACUCUGGAGCAUCUAUAGACUGGGACAUUUGGACUGUUUUUAGAUCCACAAUCAAGCCUGGACCCACAAAGACCUGCCUGGACAAGUUUAGAUCCAAAGAGACCAUACCACCCUAAUUUUAGACCUCAAAAGUGGGUUUAAUUUUAGACCAAGAUGGUCCUGUUCUGCAGCAGGCCUUGGUCUACAACGGUCUUUUUAACAAAAGAUGGAGUCACUCAUUGAACAAACUUUUUAAUUGACCAAUCAACCCUCCCUUCUCCCAAACACUCCUUUUUUAGCUCCUCCCUCUCCUCAAACUACCCGCUCCUGCUCCCUUUCUUUUUGGACUCUCCACAGUAAAUCAUCUUCCUCCUUGUAUGCAGUGAUUCACAAACUGGUUUUACUCCAGAUGUCCUUCCUGCAGCUUGGUCUGGCACAAAUAGCACAAAUGGCUCUGUUAAUCAAUAGACUGAAGAUCUGGAUUUGGACUAACUGCGCCAAACUAGACUUUGUGUAAUUUGAUCUAAUGCCUUGACGUCUGUUAGAUCUCCAACUUUUGUAGUUCCACCAUAACUACUUUCUGUUGAAACUAGUGCCAGCAACAGACCUGAACUGGACUAUUCCAAGGUCUGUUGAAGGACUACAUAAACUUAACCUCAAUCCUAUGUUUCUCCAGCUCCCAGUGUAGCACUGUAGGUCCGGCCACAAGAGAAUAAAGAUGGACGGUACGGGGUCUGGUCCGGGUGCUCAGAGUCCGGAAAGUCCAAACCGGGCUGUGGAGUACCUCCUAGAACUCAACCACAUCAUCGACUCUCAACAGAAACUUCUAGAGUCACAGAGGAAACGGAUCCAAGAGUUGGAGGUUCAGCUGGAGCGAUUAAGUCAGGAGAACCAGGACUUGAGAAACCAAGAUCGGAGUCAGUCACAGGAGCAAACCAACCCUGGGAACAGCCAGACCAACUCAAACCCAGAACCACGUCAGAAUCAGAACCAGCCCAAAGCUCGUCCUGAACCUCCCCCUCCCCCUCCUCUGCCACCAACCAUCAUUCUUUCCAAAAACACUAAUAAGACCAGCUCUGGACCAGCCAAAACCAGUUCUGGAACCGCCAAAACCAGUUCUGGACCAGCCAAGACAUGCUCAGUCCCAGCACGGCCCUCUGAAUCCUCCUUAAAGAACCCCAAAGCCCAAGACUGUGGCUCUAAACCUCGGAUCUGUAUAAACUCGCACAGUGUGGAGGUGAAGGCCCAAGAUAGCAGCUGCAGGACACCGUCUAUUUCAGCAAAGGUUUGCUCGGUGUCUAGCACUAACUCAGAACUGAACUCCAAAACCACAGAGAUUUCAUCUAAAACGGCAGAGUUCUCCUCCAGGACCUUCGAGUUCUCCUCCCGAGGCCCAGUCCUCACCAAGACCGAAUCUGGGUCCAAAGCCCACUUCCAGAGCCACUUCUCCUACAGCAGCAGCGUGGCUAAUGUUAGCUUCCAGAUCCCGGCGCCUGCCACAUCCUCCUCUGGUCCAGUGGAAGCCCCGCCCCCACCUCCCCUUCCAGUGCGCACACACAUAAAUACCCAUGUGAACACCCAUGUGAAUGCCCAUGUGCGUGCUCGGACCUCAACCGGGACCAACACCAACUUUGUGGAAAAAGAAAAAGAACGACUUGAGCGACUUCAUCGAGUUAAUGCAGCUAACAACGUCCAUGCACACACACUGCAUGGCAACAGGUGUCACUCCUCCACUUCUUGCCGCUCCCCGCCCUCCUCAUGUAUAUCCCCUCCUACCUCUUGUGUUUCCCCACCUACUUCCUGUAUGUCCCCACCCACCUCUUGCAUAACCCCUCCCUCUUACCCUGGAUCAUCAUCCAGUCUUCCUCCAAACAGCUCCUUCCAUCAGUUCUGCUGCGCAUCCAGACUCCUGCACCUGCCCCCUCCACCAAGCAAGCACUCCAGGGAGGACGAAGAUGAUGAUGUUGCUCAUCAGUUCUGUUGCCCCGCCUCCGAGUGCAGUAGCCCCUCCUCCAGCGCCAUCUGCCUCAGAACCUGCGCUCAUGGAUCAGAACCGGACCACAAUACCCGCGCCCUGAACCCCUUUCCCGUGGUUCCGAGAUUGUUUUCUCGCGGAGUCAUGUGGUGCAUCAAUUGCGCGUCGGAUAAAACACCAGCGCUCAACAACAAGCUUCUGUUCAGUCCGGACCAGGCCCACUGCGCCGAAGCCACCAUGAUGCCCUUUGACCCAUCCUCUUUCUCUUCUCCCUUUCAUCGCCAUGGCAAUAGUCCCAUGCCCCUUCGUCAUAGCAACAGCCCUCUGCCCCGCCCCUGUGACCCAUGUGACCCCUACUGCUCCGCCCACAAACUCACUCAGGGCUCCGUGUCUCCCGUGUCGCCCCCUGCUACUGGGCUCACCUGGGCUCAGAGGAGACUGCAGUCUGCCAGUGUGGCUCUCAGAAACCAGGAUGAGGACUACGAGCUGUCCACUGAUCUGCAGGACAAGACGGUGGAGAUGCUGGAGAGAAAGUAUGGUGGGCAGUUUGUGACUCGCCGAGCAGCAAGGACCAUUCAAACAGCCUUCAGGCAAUAUCGAAUGAGGAAGAACUUCCAGCGACUGCGGAGUUCUGCUUCUGAGAGCCGCAUGACCCGCCGUAUUAUAUUGACUAACAUGAGGUCCCAGUACUCGUUUGAAGAGCGACUUCCUCAAGGUCAAGGGCCUACAGGUCAGCAGGGGUCAGAGGUCAGCGGAGAUCUCGAAGAUUCUUUCUCCAAAGCGGUGGCGUCCUUGGCUGACUCUAUGGAUGAGUCCCUGACCUGUCAAUCGCAGUCUGGUCUGGACUCUCAAGACCCUCCUGAGGACAGUGCAGAGGAGACACCCGAGGACAGUCCUGAGGAGGACAGUCCAGAUGAAGAUAGUCCAGACCCAGAGCAGUAUCAGGGUUAUCGCUGCUCUCUGGGACCUGGAUCCAGCUCUGAUACAGAAUUCUGGUCUGGAGACAGAGAGAGCUCCAGGAGCGGAUCUAGACGGGGUUCCAGAGGAGGCACUGCACCAGGGCACCUGCCUGUUCUCACCAUAGAACCUCCCAGCGACAGCUCAGUGGACAUGAGUGACCGUUCUGAACGUGGAUCCAUUGGGCGCCUAGUCUACGAGCAGGAUUCUUCAGUGGAUCGAGGGGCAGAGGGGGAGGUCCGGAGUGAAACCGGAGGAGAGACAGCUGGAGAGGAGGAAGAGGACAGCCCCGAGGAGGAGGAAGAGGAGACCCGUGACGAAGGAGACUCUACUGAAACCGAGUCUCUACAAGGAACCAUCAAACACAAACCCAACCAGAACCAGGCUCAGGGACAAACCAGAGUCCCAGCACCAUUGCCCAUGCCCUCAGCCCGCACUUUGCCUCCACACCCACACACUCAUCCUCAACCUCACCCCCAGAUCCAUACUCACCCACAGCACCCCCUCCUGCCCCACCUGCAGCACAGUGCACCCUACUCUCAGCUGCAUCAUCAACACCAGCCAUAUAUCCAGCAUUAUCUGCACAGCCAGGGAUACAACCAAAACCAGGUAUACAGUCAGAUCCAUGGAUUCCACCCUCACGCUCACCCCCAACUACUGGCACACACCUGCCCACAGAGCUGCCCCCAAAACCUGCCACCGCUGACUGCCUCCUUCCCAGAGCACACAUGUCUUCAGCAAAAGCCCCACUAUCCACAAAACCUGCCCCAACAAAGACCACUUCUGCCUCCACACCCAAUGCAUAACCAUCCCCCAGUUCACAACCACCCUCAGAACUACCCCCAGGUCCACCCCCAUACUCACCCCCUUAAUCAUGCUCAUUUUGCCCCACACCAGAUUCACAGCUUUCCCCAGGCAGACCCACACUUCCACCAGCUUCCUCCUCAGCUUCCUCCUCAGUUGCCCCCUCAGAUGCCCCCUCAGCUGCCUCCGUUGCCACAUUUACCCCACUUGCCCCCCCAGUGUUGCCCCGAACCGCCAGCCUCACCUCAUCCUUUACUGUCCUCGGACGGCGACAAUGACAGUGUCCAAUCAGCAACCACAAACUCCAACGACGACACAACCACGACAGCCAAUCACAGCUCUGGCUCAUCCUCCCGCGAUAGCCAGCCAAUGGGAGCACUUACCGGGAUGGGGGGCGGAGCUGUGGGCAAAAUGACCUAUCAGAGGGAAAGCAGAAACAACUGGGACUCUCCUGCAUUUAAUAAUGACGUGGUUCAAAGACGACAGUAUCGCAUUGGACUCAACCUCUUUAACAAAAAACCAGAGAAGGGUGUGCAGUACCUGAUAGAGCGUGGCUUUGUGACGGACUCUCCUCUGGGCAUUGCUCGCUUCAUCCUUGAACGAAAAGGGCUGAGCCGACAGAUGAUUGGAGAGUUUUUGGGCAGCAGACAGCAGUUCAACAAAGAUGUGUUAGAAUGCGUGCUGGAGGAGAUGGACUUCUCUGGGAUGGACGUAGAUGAGGCUCUGAGAAAAUUCCAGGCUCAAAUUAAAGUACAGGGAGAAGCUCAGAGAGUAGAACGGCUAGUGGAAGCUUUCAGUCAGCGGUACUGUAUGUGCAACCCAGUUUUGAUACGACAGUUCCAGAACCCAGACACAAUCUUCAUUUUGUCCUUCGCGAUAAUUUUACUGAACACAGACUUGUACAGUCCGAGCGUGAAACCAGAGAGGAAGAUGAAACUGGAGGACUUCAUAAAAAACUUACGAGGAGUUGAUAAUGGUAGUGACAUCCCGAGGGAUUUGUUGGUGGCAAUAUUUGGUCGGAUUCAAAAGUGGGAGCUAAGGACCAAUGACGACCAUGUGACUCAGGUCCAGGCACUGGAGCGGAUGGUGGUUGGCAAGAAACCGGUGUUGUCACUCCCUCACAGGAGGCUAGUGUGCUGCUGCCAGCUCUAUGAAGUUCCAGAUCCAAAUCGAGGGCAGAAGUCUGGUGUUCACCAACGAGAGGUGUUCCUCUUCAAUGAUCUGCUGAUGGUGACAAAGAUAUUUCAGAAGAAGAAGAACUCUGUGACCUAUAGUUUCAGACAGUCCUUUCCAUUAAUCGACCUCCAAGUGCAGACCUUCCACAACAACUUUUACCCUCAUGGGAUCCGGCUUACGUCUCAGACACCAGGAUCUGAAAAGAAAGUCCUAAUGGUUUUCAAUGCCCCAAGUCACCAGGACCAAGCCCGUUUCAGUUCAGACCUGAGAGAAAGUAUCGCAGAGGUGCAGGAGAUGGAGAAGUAUCGCCUUGAGUCUGAACUGGAAAAACAGAAAGGACCAAUUAGAGGCGAGCUUGUAAAUGGCACCGGACCAAUAAGAGGAGAGAUGGUGAAUGGGGUCCGUCCCAGUUUAGAUGAUUCCUACGCCACUGAUGGCCUUAAACGCAAUGCACUAAACUCCUCUCUGAGAGACUUGACUGAAACAGGGAAGCGUGGUCGCAGGAACAGUGUGGGUUCCUUGGACAGCACCAUUGAGGGUUCCAUUUUGUCAGGACCACACUGCCGAGAACAGCGUCCUCCUCAGGCUGCGCCCUUCUCACCUGUCUCCCCAUCACCUGGUUUCCAGGGUUACCGCUUUGGGGGUGUACCCAAACCACCAGUCACUGCGCCACAUUCAUCAUUUGCAGGACGUCGCGCAAAGAUUCCGGUGCCUUUGGUGAUGUCACCGCCCGUGACUCCACCCCCAUUAACUCCACCCAUUUCUUCUCCACCACACUAUCCUGCUCCCUCUCCCCCUGUGGCUCCACCCCCUCCAUAUCACCUAGUCCAAUCGCAAGCUACCGCCAAACGGACAGUGUCUACCCCCCUUUCUCCAAGAUCCCCACUACCUGGCCAAUCGCGUAUCCCCAACAGCAGCAACCAAUCGUCUCGCAGCCCUGGGUAUAAACUACCUCUAAGCUCCACACACUCUCAUCCUCUGAGUCCUGCCCACUUCCUGUUCAGCGCCCCGUCUGCCCGGUUGGUUCCUCAGCACUAUGCCCCUCCCAUGCCAGGCACUCUGGCCCCACCCCCUCGCUCACCGCUCCCAACAGGCGCCACAGCAACAGCAUCUAUGCCGACAGCAGCCAUGGCAACAGGGACAAUAAAAAACAAACAGAGCCGCAUAAGCACCGUCGUCUAGAUAUUAAUAUAUUUAUACAGUUUGUCUGGCUAACACUGAGUGACAUCAGGGUUUGACAUAUAGAGAUUUUAAAAAUAUAAGAGACAGUAUACUAGCAGAGACAUCUUAACCUGUGCAUUUAACACAUAGAGGGAUUGUCAGGGUUAGUGCUGAAGCAGAGGUGAAUGGAGAAUGUAAUGAGAACAGCUUGUUCCAGGGUCAGAUUCUCUAGAACAGGGAAAAGAGUGUGAACAGCCCACUCAACAGUAUAUCUGUCCACAGAACAGGACUGCAUUUAUGGAGUUAACUGAGGACUGUACAACCUGUUACCCUGCUCAUGAAGGGGAUUGCCAAAGUCCCUUUAGUUCACUGCAUAUUGAUGUGAAUUCAUCAGAUACAGCUUUAUCUAAAACACACCAGACUGUUACAACUGUGGAAGCAUCAAUCAAACUUUUCCAAUGCAGAGAAAUGAUCCAGUUUGUACCUGUGUGCCAUACAUCAACUGAUACCUACUUCUCAUGUGAUUCCAGUGCUGAGAAAUCAAGGCAUAAACAUUUGUUUGCACAGGUUGUUGCAUUAGAUAAAAGUGUACUUUCUAACACAUUGUGACACAACCUGCUGCAUUCAAGCAAAGGAGCUCUCUUUUGUGUUCCAUCCAUGGGUGAAGUAUCAAAGUCUGCUGCCAGUCUUCUGUAUGAUGUUGUUUACUUUAGAAAGUGUAAAACAUUAUUUUUGAGGCAAAUUUGACUAUUGACUAUUUUUUAUGGACAAUGGUGAACAGGACCAGCAACAUAAUAAUCCCUCCAAAAAGUAGGUUCCUGUUUCAAUUCUAUGACACAGUCAAAAUCCAAGAUUUUAACAAGUUCUGAUGUCUUGGGUAUCGCAUUACACACUGCCCUAAAAUUAAGGCUGAAGUUAAUAAGAUAUUUGUGUUGUGUGCAGUUGUGUGUAAACUGGUUUAAAUCUUAAGACAGGGACUUUCAGUCCAUACUUAUGUGCACAGAAUGUACCCCAAUGUGUCCAGUUGUUAUACCGUUGGUGAUUGGUGUAAGAUAACUCUAACCUAACUCUUAGAACAACAAUCGUGUCAACUGGACAAAGGAUCAUUUGCUCUAAGAUACAUAAAACUAACCAACAUCCAACAUUACUUCCAACAACUGAAUUCACCCUCUUCCUUCCCGAGCCUACCCGUAACCCCCCGCCAAGCCUGGCGCACCUUCUUUACCCACAGAACCACAAGUAUACUCAGAGGCAAUGAUUCCCUUUGGCUCAGACAAGUGCACUCUGGGAAACUGAGUUCCUGCAGUAACUCUCUAAUUGGCUGUGGAUGGAUCAAAGCCACGUCUGACGUACACUCUUCUGAUGCAAAGACAGAUCUGUGUUGUGUAUGUAUUGUGUGCACAGUGAAUGUGUGACUGCAUUUUGUUUAUGCUCUCAAACCUUUUGAAGAGGGGUUUCUGAAUGGACAUUUUAAACAAACACUUCCGGUUGAAACUGAUCUGGUUCAGAACUAAAAUAAUGUGAUUGCUUAACAGUUUAUUUUCAGAUGAUUUGAAUUGAAGGAGUCUUUAAACGCACUUUCUGCCAUCCGGGAUUCUUGGAUUACUGUAUAUGAAUGUAACUGGGUGUACUGGAUAAAAUGCCAAACCUUUAAUGCGUAAUUACAUAUAAAAGCUACUAGACCUAAACACCAGAAGUCCAAGGAAAUAUAUUUGGAAUAAGAUUCCACUUUGGAGGAUUACAAAGUCAAGAGAUAACCCACAAAAACAUUGUUGAAUUUGUCAGAUUUGUACAACUUGGCUUCCUCAAACUGAUUCAAUUUGAAUAUUUUUGCUGAACAGUAAUAAUAAUGAAGUGAGAGAGAUUAAACAGAGCAAUAACAGUGUGGGACAUUUUUUCACACCCUGAUGUUAUUUCGCUUAUGAAUGUGUUUAUUGAAGAUGUCACAGUUUCUUUUGAAGCGGCCUUUAGACUCACUCUGGACCUAUCUGAACCAGUUGGAAAUAGUCUGAGUGAGUCCAGUACUGGUUGGAACUGAUCUAACUAUGACACAGCGCUGUAUAUUUGCUCUUGGUUUCUGUCUCCAAUGUACAACAAGACCAGGAGUAAGCCAGUUUUAAACCAGGUCUACACAAUGAUCAGAAACAAAUACUAGAAAACAAGACUUUCCAAUGCACCUAAACAUGCAUGUAAAUAAUAUCAUUUUACACUUAAAUAGACUAAUUACAAUUGAUUAGACCUGGUCUACAUCUGGAUUCUUCCUGGUUUAAACAACGUUAAAUAAUCUUUAGGAAAGUGCAUCUGCUUCUGUGUAGUGACCAUGCUCUGCCUGUAGGGGCAGUGUAGGUUGCAUGUUUUUCUGCGCUGUAAAUAAGAACAACGUAAAUAAAUCCAAACGUUC